CUGCUCUCGCCCACUCUCUCCCGUUACCUGCUCCCCCCCCCCCUGCCCGACCGCGUUCCCUUCCCCUCGCUUUGUCGCCCCUUCUAGCUCGAACACACGCUACGACCCAGCCACAGCCGCUGCCGCCGUAUACCCCCGCGCGGCCCGAGAGACAUGGUGGUUGACCCCGCUCCCGUUCGCCGGCGUCCCAUGGCUGGCCCUGUGACCGCUGUCGGUGGCACCGACGAGUCCACCGAGGCUCUACUCUCUUCCUCCUCCCUGGACUCGAUGGCCAUCGAUCAGGCUGCCGCCUCCGACGCCAGCCUGCCAAUGUCCCACCAGCAGAACUCCCACCCCCUGAAGGACCACGCCUGCCGGCAUCACAGCCACCAGCCGCCCAAGCGCCACCCGAAGCGCCCGUCAAUCGCCUACCUCAAGAAGAAUCUCAUGACAUACGAUGAGCUGGAGGAAUGGCGCAAAGACAAUGAAUGGAUCCUCUCCGGGUACCGAAUCUCGGAUGGGUCCUUCCUGACCGACAUCAAGUCUCUCUUCUUCCUGCACAACGAAACCGGCAACAUCUACUCGCACCUCCUGGCGGCGGUCUUCUUCAUCGGCGUGGCCAUCCUCACCUUCACCGGCUAUGCGCCAGUCUACGCGGACUUGACCCUCGGCGAUAAGGUCAUGUUCGGGGUCUUCUUCGUGUGUGCCGUGUCAAUGCUCCUGCUGUCUUCGUCCUUCCAUCUGUUUUGCGAUCACUCGGUCGAGGUGAGCGAGACCAUGAACCGCUGUGACUACCUCGGUAUCAUGACCAUGAUCGUCGGCUCUGUCAUUCCUGCCCUGUACUAUGCUCUCGGCUGUGCUCCUGGCCUCCUGAAGUGGGUCUACUUGGCUCUGGCCGCGGCGCCGGCCAUCCCGCUCCUGCCCAUGGUCUUGCGGAAAAGCUUCCUCCAUCCGACCUUCCGCGCCAAGCGGGCCAUCCUCUUUGUCACCAUGAGUGUCUCCGGUGCCCUGCCCUUUUUCCAUGUGCUGAUUGCGAUGGGCUACACCCGCGCCUAUGGAGCGGCCUCCAUCAGCAACAUGGCCGGCAUGGCCUUCUUCUACCUGCUCGGGGCUUCGCUCUAUGCCACCCGCACGCCGGAGAAGUAUGCCCCGGGGCGCUUCGACUUCUUCCUCAGCUCGCAUCAGCUUUUCCACUUUUGUGUGGUGCUUGCCGCCCUGUCGCACUGGCGUGGCCUCGUCAAUGCGCACUACUGGCACUCGCAGCAUGGGUGUCUGGCUGCUGCUCGGACUCUCACCGGCGGGCGUAUCGACUGGACUUUGCGCUUUGUGCCGGACUGGCUGAUCCAACCGGUCGCCGGCCUGCUGGCCUCGGUGCUGCCCCACUAAGUCGCGCCAGCAAAGCAGGGACCGAUCUUCCUGUUCCCCUCUCUCCCCCGCCCCCUCUCGCUGCGUGAGUGCCCGCGUGUCCUGGUCGGGAAAAGGAAAGCCCUACCUGCCUACAUAACCUACCCAUCCUCACAAGACUGGGCAAGAUGCUUGCUUUUCCUCCUCUCAUGACGCCGCCCCCCACCAUGCGCACCCCCCCCCCCC